GCCCUUCAGAAAAGGGCGUUCUCCAUUUGCCAAGCGAUAAUACGGGAAACGGCGCAAUGGUGUGUGGCGUGCUUGCUGUUUUACUGGUUUUUAUUGAGUAACUGUUGUGCGUUUUGUUGCGGGACGCGACAUCACCUCAUUUACCUAUGGCUGGCAUGGCUUUGUGUGUAGGAAACGGCACGAGUCGCUCCGCUGCGAAACUUGCGUAUUGCUGUAAAGGUGGGCGCGGAAUCUUAAACUCUCGCCUGUGUAUUUUUAGCGAACGCCCGUCAAAUACUGUCGUCUUUUCGGUUGGAGCUGGAGGGUUUUGCAGAGCUACAGGUGUGAGGUUUGCAUCUCGCCUUGCCUGGGGACGGACCGUUGAUGCACGUUUCAGAAAUAAUACUUUGGUAGCAGCUGGAGCUGCAAUGGUGGCUGGGGUCAUAGCCGGUUUCUGUCACUUUCAGAAGGUAGAAAUGGCAUCCAGGAUUGCCAAAGAUAUAGAGGGUGAGAGGGCAAUUCUAGAGAAAUGCAAAGAGUUCAUGUCCGCGCCAGUGACGGAUAUUGAGGUCCUGCAGCAGAGGAAAGAGGACAUGUCCACGCGGAUGGAGAUGUUGAUCAUGGAGACUCAGGCUGCAUUCUGUCGAGCGCUCGAGGAGGUGGACGGCGGCAAAUUCAAAGUGGACCGCUGGCAGCGGAAGGAAGGUGGAGGAGGCAUCAGCUGUGUGCUGCAGGACGGGAAGGUGUUUGAGAAGGCAGGUGUGAAUGUGUCUGUGGUGUAUGGGAGCCUCACCGAGGAGGCAGCCAAGCAGAUGCGCAGCCGUGGGAAGGUGCUCAAAGGGAAGGACGGGAAGCUGCCAUUUCGUGCCAUGGGCGUGAGCUCUGUCAUCCACCCUCACAACCCCCACAUUCCCACAGUGCACUUCAACUACAGAUACUUUGAGAUUGAGGAAGAAGAUGGGUCCAAGCAGUGGUGGUUUGGUGGGGGAACAGACCUGACGCCUGUGUACAUCAACCAGGAUGAUGCUGCGCACUUCCACGGCACUCUGAAGGAGGCCUGCGACAAGCACCACGCUCAGUACUACCCCGACUUCAAAAAGUGGUGCGACAGGUACUUCUACGUCCGUCACCGGGACGAGACGCGCGGCAUCGGCGGGAUCUUCUUCGACGACCUGGACCGGCCGUCCCAGGAGGAGGCCUUCGGCUUCGUGAGGAGCUGCGCCCAAACGGUGGUGCCCUGCUACGUCCCCAUCGUGCGCAAGCACCUGAGCGACCCCUUCACUGCCGCAGAGAAGGAAUGGCAGCAGGUGCGUCGCGGCAGGUAUGUGGAGUUUAACCUGGUCUAUGACCGAGGGGUGAAGUUUGGGCUGGCCACGCCCGGAUCCAGGAUCGAGAGCAUCCUGAUGUCCCUCCCCCUCACGGCCAGGUGGGAGUACAUGCAUGAGCCGCCCAAAGGCUCGCGGGAGGCUGAGAUGCUGGAGGUUCUGCGGAACCCAAAAGAUUGGGUCUGAUUGGGGGCGUGUCUGUGGCAUCCUUCCCCUACCCUCGUAUCCAUGGCAUCCUUCCCCUACCCUCGUUUCCAUGGCAUCCUUCCCCUACCCUCGUUUCCAUGGCAUCCUUCCCCUACCCUUGUAUCCAUGGCAUCCUUCCCCUACCCUCGUAUCCAUGGUAUCCUUCCCCUACCCUCGUUUCCAUGGCAUCCUUCCCCUACCCUCGUAUCCAUGGCAUCCUUCCCCUACCCUCGUAUCCAUGGCAUCCUUCCCCUACCCUCGUUUCCAUGGCAUCCUUCCCCUACCCUCGUUUCCAUGGCAUCCUUGCUUCAGCGCUUGUGAGUUUGACAUUUGACCUCUUGGAUUCUUUACCCCAUUGUUGGGAAAGAGGAUGACCUCUGGCGUUCGCUGCUUGCUUUUCAAGUGCUCUUCUUGUGCUGCCAAAUUCAAUUUUGUUACAUAUAUUUUAACUUUCAGGACAGAAUGCCUUUUAUCGGAUCACAUUUUCUGUGUAUUGUUCUUUCACUCAUUUCUCUCUUUGCUUGGUUGUCUGAUUUUGCUUUUGGUAUGUAUUCUGGCAGCUUUCACACGCAUGUAUUUAAAAUGUAUGGGGAGCGAAGGGGGAAUCAACUGAAAAGUAAGAAUUUCAUGUUUCUCCUGAACCUUAAAAGUAAGGUUUCUUUCUGUUCCAAACUUAUUCCUCUUUUUUGAUCCAGAAUUUAAUGUGCUGCUGAUUUAAUGAUGCCGCAUGUGCCAGUAAAUCAUGCUCACUGAUGAGUGAAAUAUCUGGAUGGCUCAGUUGUGCUCUGUGCUUCUCUCAGUCCACUGAUAGCUUGAGGGUCUGCAGCUUUGCCUUGAGUUUGAAUGUGCUUCAUUUCCAGAUCAAUAAUGUAAAAAAAAAAUGUUUGUAUAUCAGCUCAGCUGUUUUAAAUGUCAGGAAUAGUGCUCAUUAUCAAUGGUACUUUUUUGAAGACUGUUUUGACUACUUUGGAGACUCAGCUGUUAAAUGUUGAAUUGCAGAAACUGAAAACAAGGUGGGUACAACUGUUUUAAAUGUGAGGAAAGGCGUACACUAUCAAUGUUACUUUGUCGAAGAGUGUUCUGACUGCUUUUGAGACUCAGUUGAAUGUGUAUUUGAAGAAACUGAGAACAAGAAAUCAAUCAUUUUUGCACUGUUUUCUUAAACUUAAGAAUUUUUACCAUGUGUAAUUAAGAUGUAAUUAAAAGAUGCUUUUUAAUUCGUUAAUAUAA